GGGAUUCUUCCUGCUGGGGUUGCUGGGAUUCCCUGGAAUUCCCUGGAAUUGGGGAAUUGGGAAUUCCCGCAGCGGCUCCCGGCGUCCCCCGCGGGAUGUUUACCGUGCGGGGCUGGGCGGUUGAUUGGCACAAGGGGCAACCAAUCAGGGAGUGGAGGAGCGGAUGUUGUCAUUCAGGGGGCCCUUAAUAUGGGAAGGAAGGCGGGGUUAAGUGUGAGUGGCAGCUCUGCGGACUAAUGAGCUGCGAUAAUCGGCUUGGCGGGCUUCUGGGCACUCCAGCCAAUGGGAGAGCGAAGGAAGAGAGGCGGCCUUCAGUGACAGCGCUAUCCGCCAAUGGCAUCUCGGAACAUGAGGACGUGGGUGUGACAUUUCCCUUCAGACGCCUCAGUGAGUGACAGCGCUGACAGCGAAUGGGAGGAAGGGUUUGAAGCCAUUCCGGGCGCGGGGUGGGCGGGUUCUGGUGCUGAGGGACGAAUCCCGCUCCCAAUAGGAGCGCCCGGCUGGGAGCCGCCGCCAUAGACGCUCCCUGAGGCCAAUGGCGGCCGGAACCCGCGAUUGAUAAACAGCGCUCUUUGACCAAUGAGAAGCGAGAUGAGGCCGGGGUUAAUUGAUAGACGGAGAUUUCAUCCAAUCGGCAGCGAGAUGCGCCAGCCCUGACAACCAAUAGAAAGCGAGGACCUCGCGAUGGGGGGGGCUUUGCGAGUUGAAUGACGUCCUCGUUUCCCAAUCAACACGCUCGCUUUGGGGCCGGUCCCGCUCAGCCAAUGGGGAGUGCGGACGGCCGCGUUCAGCAUUGAAUGACAGCAGAACGAACCAGUCAGAAUGCGGAUUUUGAUGAGUGGCGGACCGUACAGCCAAUGGGAAAGCGCGGCGAGGGCGGGAACGCGCGGCGCGAGCGGCCGGCGGGGCGGAGGGGCCAAGCAGGAAGUGGCGGAGGGGAAGCGGCGCCGCUGAGGGGCCCGAGCGGGACCGGGAUCGGGAAUUGGGAUCGGGAAUUGGGAUCGGAAACCGGGAUCGGGAACCGGGAUCGGGAACCGACGGCGGCAGCCGGCAGCGGGGAGCGCCCCCCGCGCAGCUCCAGCCAUGGGGGACAUGAAAACCCCGGAUUUCGACGACCUCCUGGCCGCCUUCGACAUCCCCGACAUCGACGCCAACGAGGCCAUCCACUCGCACCACGAGGAGCCCGAGCCCCACGGCAAGCAGCUGCCGGGGGAGCCGGGCGCCGCGGCGGCCGCCGAGCACGUCCUGCCGCACCCCGACAUCUCGGCCGUCAGCGUCAUCGUCAAGAACACCGUGUGCCCCGAGCAGCUGGACGGCAAGGACGGGCACGGGCUGGCGCCCCGGCUGCUGCAGAACGGCUUCGCCGCCCCCGAGGGGCCCCGCUCGCCCGGCGCCCGCGGCGGCGCCGACGCCGCCUCAGCCAACGGCGACUGCUGGGCCAAGGAGAAGAACGCCAAGGCCUUGGACCUGUUCUCCCACUUCAGCCCCGAGCCCGGCGAGGACGGCGCCAAUCUGAUCGACAGAGCCCGCGAGUGCAAAGGCAAGGAGAAGCCCCUGGCCGUGCCCUCGCCCGGCCCGGGCCUGGAGUGCAAGGAGCCGCUGGCGGGAGCCGCCGAGAGCCUGGACGCGGCUUUCCCCGCGCCCUUCCGCGCGGGAGCGGCCGGCGACGCGGCCCACCCCGUCGCCUGCGUCAAGAAGGAGGAGUCGGACCCCGAGGAGGCUCCGGCCAGGGGCUGCAGCCCCAAGGGGCUGGUGCUGGAUCACCUCAAGUCCGUCACCGUGCGCUACUCGGCCGAGGACUCCGCCGUGGCGGCGUGGCCGGCGGCGGAGCCGGCGGCGCCGGACGGCGGCAGCGGCGCCGCGGCUGAGCUCAAACGCUCGCCCGGGAGCCCUCGGGAGCCCUUCUCCUCCCCGGGAAUUCCCAUCCCGCCUUCCCCCAAGCAGCUCUCCUUGAAGGAAGAGCGGGGAAUGCUGGGGAAAUCCGUGGGGAGCCCUCCGAGCGUUUCCAGCGGCGAGGAGGAGGAGGAGGAGGAGGAGGAGGAGGAAAGCACCAACUCGCCGUCCUCCAGCUCCUCGCGGCCGCUCAAGGUGCGCAUCAAGACCAUCAAAACCUCCUGUGGCAGCAUCACCAGGACGGUCACCAGGGUGUCCUCGGACUCGGAGCCGCCCUGCAGCAAAAUCCCCAGCGAGCAGAAUUCCCAGGAAUCCUUGGAAUGUCCUGCCGCCAUCGCCGCGGAGGCAGCGGCCAAGGAGAAGUCGGAGCUCUCCAGCCCCCUGAAAAACACGGAGGGGCCGAAAAUCGUCAGCGUCCAGCUGGGCAACGGCACCAAGCUGAAGGGCACGGUGCUGCCCGUGGCCACCAUCCAGAGCGCCAGCAGCGCCAUGCUCAUCGCCGCCAGCGUGGCCCAGCAGAAAUCCGUGGUUCUGCCGGGCAAAACCGGGAAAUCCGUGGCUAAGAACAUCCUGAACCUGGUGCCGCAGCCCCUGCCCAAGGGGGACGGCAGGAGCGGCGGCGGCGCCAAGGCCAACGGCGGCGCGGCGCCGCCCAAGGCGGCGCCCAGCGUGGCCGGCACCGUCAUCUCCCGCAGCCAGUCCAGCCUGGUGGAGGCCUUCAACAAGAUCCUCAACAGCAAGAACCUGCUGCCCACCUACAAACCCAACCUGAGCCCCCCGGCCGAGUCCAGCCUGGCCCUGCCGCCCUCGGGCUACCGCUGCCUGGAGUGCGGCGACGCCUUCGCGCUGGAGAAGAGCCUGGCGCGGCACUACGACCGGCGCAGCAUGCGCAUCGAGGUCACCUGCAACCACUGCACCAAGCGCCUGGUGUUCUUCAACAAGUGCAGCCUGCUGCUGCACGCCCGCGAGCACAAGGACAAGGGGCUGGUGAUGCAGUGCUCGCACCUGGUGAUGCGGCCCAUCGCGCUGGAGCAGAUGAUCGGCCAGCCCGACAUCACCCCGCUGGUGUCGCUGGCCCUGCCCGCCGGCAAGGUGGCCCAGGAGGGCGGGGGCGCGGCGCAGGAGCUGCCGGUGCUGCCCCUGGGCUCGGAGCAGAGCAGCUACAGCUGCUUCAGGUGCCUGGAGUGCAAGGAGCAGUGCAAGGACAAGGCCGGGCUGGCGGCGCACUUCCAGCAGGUCGGGGUGGCCACCAGCAGCAGCAGCACGGUGUGCUCGGCGUGCCCCAUGAUCCUGGCCAACCGCUGCAGCUUCAGCGCGCACCAGCGCAUGCACCGCAGCCGCCCGCCCCACGUCUGCCCCGAGUGCGGCGGCAACUUCCUGCUGGCCAACUUCGAGUCCCACCUCAAGGACUCCUGCCUGCACUUCUCCCGCAGGGUGGGCUACAGGUGUCCCAGCUGCUCCGUGGUGUUCGGCGGCGUCAAUUCCAUCAAGUCCCACAUCCAGAGCUCCCACUGCGAGGUGUUCCACAAGUGUCCCAUCUGCCCCAUGGCCUUCAAGUCCGCCCCCAGCGCCCACGCCCACGUCUACACGCAGCACCCCGGCUUCAGCAACCAGCAGUCCAAGAUGAUCUACAAGUGUGCCAUGUGUGACACGGUGUUCACGCACAAGCCGCUGCUGUCGUCGCAUUUCGAUCAGCACCUGCUGCCGCAGCGCGUCAGCGUCUUCCGCUGCCCGCAGUGCCCGCUGCUCUUCGCCCAGAAGCGCACCAUGCUCGAGCACCUCAAGAACACCCACCAGCCCCAGAAAUCCAAGGACGACUCUUCCAAGAGGUCGGCGGCGCUGCUGACGCCCAAGCCGGAGCCGCUGGAGGCGCCGGCGCCGCGGAACUCCGAGGAUUCCUCGAGCUCCUCGGAGGAGGACGAGCCGCCGAGCUCGCCGGAGCUGCGCCGCGCCAAGCGCGGCCGCUUCCCGCGCAAGGCCGGCAGCAAGGCCAAGGGCGGCGGCUGGACCUGCGGCGUCUGCCACUCCUGGUUCCCCGAGCGCGACGAGUACGUGGCGCACAUGAAGAGGGAGCACGGCAAGUCGGUGAAGAAGUUCCCGUGCCACCUGUGCGAGCGCUCCUUCUGCUCGGCGCCGAGCCUGCGCCGCCACGUCCGCGUCAACCACGAGGGCAUCAAACGCGUCUACCCCUGCCGGUACUGCACGGAGGGGAAGAGAACCUUCAGCAGCCGCCUGAUCCUGGAGAAGCACAUCCAGGUGCGGCACGGCAUCAAGGUGACGGAUCCCGCCCGCAGCCAGGAGGUCGUCAUCGCCCGCGGCCCCUCCGGGCCCGCCCAGGCGCCCGGCCGCAAGCGCAAGCUCUCCUCGGACGACUCGUGCAGCGAGGAGCCCGACAGCACCACGCCCCCCGCCAAGACCCCCAAGGGCUGCGGGGCCAAGGCCCCGUUCCGCUGCAGGAAAUGCGGCUUCCUGGCGGGGAGCCGGGCGGAAUUCCAGGCGCACAUCCCGCAGCACCGCACGGACGGGAAUUCCCAGCAGUGCCGCGAGUGCGGGCUCUGCUUCACCUCCCAGAUCUCCCUGAACCGCCACCGCUUCAUCUCCCACAAGAAGAAGAAGGGGGCCGAGCCCGAGGAUUCCUCGGGAAGCGCUUCCCAAGGGAAGGCCGAGGGCGGCGGGAAUUCCGGCGGCGCCGAGGGGAGGCUGGAGUGCAAGGUGUGCGGGAGGGGCUUCGAGAGCCAGCUCAACCUCAAGACGCAUUUCCGGACCCACGGGAUGGCCUUCAUCCGAGCCCGGCAGGGGGCCGAGGAGAACUGAGCCUUCGGGAAUGCCGGGGUUCCUGGAAUUCUGGGACUGAGCUCAGCCGAGCCCAGGAGAGCUGAGCCUUCGGGAAUGCCGGGGUUCCUGGAAUUCUGGGACUGAGCUCAGCCGAGCCCAGGAGAGCUGAGCCUUCGGGAAUCCUGGGAUUCCUGGAAUUCUGGGACUGAGCUCAGCCGAACCGAGGAGAGCUGAGCCUUCAGGAAUGCCGGGAUUCCUGGAAUUCUGGGACUGAGCUCAGCCGAACCGAGGAGAGCUGAGCCUUCAGGAAUGCCGGGAUUCCUGGAAUUCUGGGACUGAGCUCAGCCGAGCUCAGAGGGAGCCGAGGAGAGCUGAGCCUUCCCGGGGUUCUGUGGGAUCGGCUCCGAGCCCGGGAAUCUCGGCAUUCCCGAAUUCCGGGAUCAGCCCCCAGGACAACUGAGCAUUCCCGGGAAUCUCAGCAUUCCUGGAAUUCCAGAUCAGGCCUGAGGAGAACUGAGCAUUCCUGGGAAUCUCAGAAUUCCCGGAAUUCCGGGAUCGGCUCCAAGGCCGUGUACAUAAAACUCCCCCGGGGCCCUUCCCAGUGUCCGAGGGAAAGUUGGGAAUGGGAUUGGGAUGAUCCCAGAUGCCGCCGGGAAUCCCCUGGGAAUGUUGGAUUUGGGGGGGAUUUGGGGUUUCCAGGACCCCUCCAGGCCCUUCCCGGGAAUUCCCGGAUCCGGAUGGGGCGGGGGAAGCUUUUCCAGCAAAAUCCACUUUUUUUUGUUAUUAUUUUUGGGUUUUGUUUGUUUUUCCUGGAUUUUUUUUUUUUUCCUGGUGAGUUUCGUUGGGAAAGAGGCAAUUCCAGAGUCCUGGAAUUCCGGAGGUCCCCAGGAAGGACACUGGGACACUCAGCUGAACAUUCCCGAGGGAGCAGGAGGAGGAAAAAAGUUGGAAAAAAGGAGAGAAAAGAAGGAAAAGGAAUAACGACCCAAAAAACCCCGCAGGAUCGGGAAGGGAUCCCUCAAAUCCCAGCCUGAAGGAAAAGUGGGAAAACUGCUCCCAAAUUCCGGGCUGAGGGUGGGGCUUGGGGGCUUUUCCAGCUUUUUUCCAGCUCCUCCUUCCCCUCGGGAUCCGGGACCUUUCCCACUUCCAAUCCCUACAAAGAAAUCCUCUGGAAAAGCCCCUCGGGACUCGUCCCUCCAGAAUUCCUGGAAGAAUUCCCGGAAUUCCCUCUGGAUAACCUUCCCCUCUCCCUGUAAAGUUGUAUCAUACACUAAAACCCACGAAUCCCAACAACUGCUGUGCUCCUUCUGGGAUUUGGUUUGGUUUUCCAAGGUUUUUUUCCCUCUUUUUGUGUUUUUCGGGAUGGCAGAAGCUGCUUUGGGGUUGAUUUUAUUUUUUCUUUUUGUUGUUUUUUUGGCUUUUUAUUCCCAGUUUUUCUGACUUUUCCCAGCAGGAGUGAGGGGAGUUUUCCCUCCCCCUUUUCCCUGCAGGUGGAUGGAUGGAAAAAAGGGGGGAAAAAACUGGGAAAAAUCAGGUGGAAUCGGCCAUUCCCAGAAAUCCCCCAGGCCGGGUGUAAAUACAGAGAAGAAAUUAAAGUUUCUACGAGAUUUAGAAGGAAAAAAUUCCUAAAAAAAAAAAAAAAAAUCUAUGGAAAAAUGGCUUUGGACCCACGGUUUUCCAGCAUUUCAGUGCCUUGAGCUGGAUUUGGGGUGGAGGGAGGGAGGGGCUGGAAUUUCGGGAAUGUUCCCCCCUGGAAUGUUGGGGUUGGACUCCUGGAAUUUCGGGAGUUUUGGGGAUUUUGGGAAUGUGCUGACGGAAAGCCGCGGGCUCGAGAGGCUCUCAGGAAUUCUUUAUUCUGUAGGAAUCGAUUCCAUUAAACUCCAGUGGUUUCACCCUCGGUGCCCGGCUCGGCUCCUCCCGGGAAUUCCCAGGAAAAGCUCCCGGGAAUGGGAAUGGGGAGGGGGGAGGGGCUGAGGGCUCCGCUGCAUCCCCGAAUUUUGGUCCUGCCCCCCAGAAAAGGGGCUUGGGAAGGGCUGGGGUCCCUCCCUGUCCCCUCCCGGUGUCCCCAGAGCCCCCUCCCCGGGGG